GUAAAAUCUGUGUAAGACAAGUUUUUUGAAAGCAACAAAUAGAAAAAGAGGUUGGGACAUGGAAUAGAAAUUGGAUUCUGGCCUCCUCCCUCUGUUUUAAAAUCCAUCAGCAGCCGCCAACUCUCUCAAUAAAACCUGCUUUCUAUUUUUCUCAACCUAAAAUCCCAUCCACCAACCUUAUGAUGAUGUCUUCACUCUCUGUUUCGCGCCACAACCACCUCUUCUCGGGCCCUCUGCCGGCCCGGCCCAAGCCCAAGCCCAGCUUUUCCUCUUCCAGGAUCCGAAUGUCCCUCCAAGAAAACGGCCCCUCCAUCGCCGUCGUGGGCGUCACCGGCGCCGUCGGCCAGGAGUUCCUCUCCGUCCUCUCCGACCGCGACUUCCCCUACAGCUCCAUCAAAAUGCUCGCGUCCAAGCGCUCCGCUGGGCGCCGCAUCACCUUUGAGGACAGGGACUACGUCGUGGAGGAGCUGACGGCGGAGAGCUUCGAUGGCGUCGACAUCGCGCUCUUCAGCGCCGGCGGCUCCAUUAGCAAGCACUUCGGCCCCAUCGCCGUCGAUCGGGGAACGGUGGUCGUCGACAACAGCUCCGCGUUUCGGAUGGACGAGAAUGUCCCAUUGGUAAUUCCCGAAGUGAACCCGGAAGCAAUGCAAAACAUCAAAGCCGGAACUGGAAAGGGAGCACUCAUUGCUAACCCUAAUUGCUCCACCAUUAUAUGCUUGAUGGCUGCUACCCCUCUUCAUCGACGUGCCAAGGUGUUACGUAUGGUUGUUAGUACCUAUCAGGCUGCUAGUGGUGCGGGUGCUGCUGCAAUGGAAGAGCUUCAGCUGCAAACUCGUGAGGUGUUGGAAGGAAAACCGCCCACUUGUAAAAUAUUUAACCGACAGUAUGCUUUUAAUCUAUUCUCGCAUAAUGCGUCUGUUCUUUCAAAUGGAUAUAAUGAAGAAGAAAUGAAAAUGGUCAAGGAGACCAGGAAAAUCUGGAAUAAUAAGGACGUUAAAGUAACUGCCACAUGCAUACGAGUUCCUGUCAUGCGAGCUCAUGCUGAGAGUGUGAAUCUUCAAUUUGAAACACCCCUUGAUGAGGACACUGCAAGAGAUAUUCUGAAGAAUGCUCCAGGUGUAGUGGUUAUUGAUGAUCGUGAAUCCAAUCAUUUUCCUACUCCAUUGGAAGUUUCAAACAAGGAUGAUGUUGCUGUUGGUAGGAUUCGCCAGGACCUAUCUCAGGAUGGGAAUCAAGGGUUGGACAUCUUUGUAUGUGGGGAUCAAAUUCGCAAGGGAGCUGCACUUAACGCAAUCCAGAUUGCUGAGAUGUUGCUAUGAGUUCUGGUUUUUAAAGGAUGUGGUACUUGAAGACUAUGCUUCUUUUGAAACAGUUUUGUAUCUGCUAGUUGUAUGAGGUUAUUCAUUUCUUUUGUGAGAAAGUACGAGGAUCUUUUCAACGAUGUGGUAGCACACUAACUGGAAACAGUUUUUUAAAGGUUUUGUGCUUAAUUUCCGUAAUCCUUAUCACCGGGAAUAACAAUAAUUGGUUAUGGCAAAGGAGAAUCACCUAAUGUUUCAUCUUUUGAAUAAAGAAUUUGUUGACCAGUUUUC